AUGGUCUCCUUGCUGGCUUGGGCCACGGUGCUGCUGCUCGCCUGCCGAGUGCAGCUGCAAGUACAGGCAGCGGCCGUCUUCGCGCACUUUAUGGUCACAAACACGGCCAACUAUACUUCUAAUGACUGGGAGAACGAUAUUCUUCUGGCGCAGGAUGCGCACAUCGACGCAUUCGCCCUCAACAUGGCGUAUGCCGACUCGACGAACACGGGUGCCCUCGCUGCCGCGUUUUCGGCUGCCGAUAGUCUCGGCUUCAAGCUCUUUUUCUCCUUUGACUACGCAGGUAACGGCGACUGGCCUAAAGCCGACGUGAUCACCCUCAUUCAGCAGUACAGUGCUCACUCGUCCUACUACUUCUAUAAGGGACAGGCCUUUGUCUCGACGUUCGAAGGCCCUGGACGCGCCGACGACUGGCCCGAGAUCAAGGCGGUCACCGGCUGCUUCUUCAUCCCCAGUUGGUCCUCGCUCGGAGCCAAGCCUGCCGUGGCGACGGGGGUCGUGGAUGGUCUGUUCAGCUGGGCGGGCUGGCCCUGGGGCCCCCAGGACGCGGACACCUACGUGGACGCCUCGUAUCUCCAGUAUCUGGAGUCGCUGCCGUACAUGAUGCCGGUCUCGCCGUGGUUCUUCACCAACCUUCCCGGGUACAAAAAAAACUGGAUGUGGCGCGGGGACCACCUGUGGCAUGAUCGAUGGCAGCAGGUCCUAUACAUUCAACCGGAGUUUGUCGAGAUUAUCUCGUGGAAUGACUACGCGUUUGAGGUCGGCGAGGCCCCCUUCAACUACGCGACAGAAAUGCCCCACGACGGCUGGCGGGCAACGAUCCCCUUCUGGGCCGAUAUGUAUAAGGAUGGAACGGCCGAGGUGACUGAGGAGACGAUUAUCGCCUGGUAUCGGCUUACCCCCGGCGCGGCCUGUGACAGCGGCGGCACAAGCGGCAAUACGGCCUCCCAGCUGCAGGACCGUAUCUUCUUCUCCGCGGUGUUGGGCUCGUUCUCGGGCGCCGUAGUGUCGAUUGGAGACUGGACCCAGACGGUUGGGUGGUUCGAUGUGCCGGAUGAUGAUGUCGGGGUAUACUACGGCGAUGUAGCCAUUGGCGCCCAUCGGGGUCCGGUGACUGUGUCUUUGAUGCGUGAUAAUGUGAUUAUUGCGACGAUUGAGGGCAAGGCCAUCUCGUCGACCUGUGAAUAUGGAGUUCAGAAUUGGAAUGCCUGGGUUGGAAGUGCGUCUACCGGGGAGACCGUGUCGGCACGACCGACCCGUCUUCUGUCAGAGCAGGUCUGCAUGAACGGUACCGGCGCGAAUAAUUUUGCCGGACUGUGUGGGUUUGCCUGCCGAUACGGAUACUGUCCUCUGGGCGCCUGUACCUGCACGCGAAUGGGCAUCGGGUACGAGCCGCCCAACUCCACGGGUGUCCUCGGAUACCCGAUUGUGGGCGAAGGCGCGAGUUACAGCGGACUGUGCUCGUUUGACUGCAACCUGGGCUUCUGCCCCGAGAGUGCCUGCGGCACUGUGGAGGUCCCGCUCAGCACGCCGACAGUCUCGCCGUUCCUGCCCCCCGCCUGUGUGUCCGGUUCGGGUGAGGGCAACCUAGCUGGGCUGUGCGACUUUGGCUGUGCCCAUGGCUUCUGCCCCAUGAACGCGUGCACCUGCACGGGGCAGGGGGCGCUAAAUGUCAUGGAUCCGACAAGCGAGACCGUUGGGACCGCCGCACCGGGAGUAGACGCUACCGUCUACGGUCCUCUGUGCGAGUACACUUGUCAACGCGGAUACUGUCCCGAAGGCGCCUGUAUCGUCGCCGAGGACUCGGACUCGGGCUCGGGGUCCGGGGAUGGACCAGGCGAUGGCGAGGUCUACAUUGCCCCGUCGAUCUGGAAUAUGCCCUCGCCGGUCGUGCAAUGUGAGCCUCCGUGCUCGCUGAUCAUGCCUCCGCUGCAGCUGGCCAGCCCUUCUGUAAUAUCCAUCCCUCCCUGGGAGAGCCCCGUCGAGCAGAGUUACUUGACGACCAGAACGACUACCUAUGACGACGGAGUCGUCGAAACAUACAAUGGCUAUGCGGUUGCCACCACCACCAUUACCAUAUCCUUUCCCCCUUCGGUCGUCACCGAGAUCCCCGUAUGGGGAGUGACCAUCAAUGCCAGCCAGGCUCAGCCAACCGAGUUGGAAAUGACGAGGAGCAUCACCCUGCCCUAUAUGGUAUGGUCGCUUCCCCCGUUCGAUGAAGACCCCAACGCGACAAGCAUGACGGGGACGGUCCUUCCGCCCCCAUAUCCAUGGUCCCAGGCCAGCAAGGACUCCGAGCUCAAUACCGCGACCACCACCUGGUCGUCCGGCAGUGCGACUCCCACGGCAGAUAGGGGUAACCCGGACGUCGGCGUCUCGUGUAAGCCAUUCUGCCACCUGUGUCUCUUGUGCCGCCCAGACUGGAGCGGGGGCGGCGGCGGGGGCUCCGACGAUGGCAGCAACAGCAACAGCAACAGCAACAGCAACAGCAACGAGGACGAGUGCAGCACGCGAGAGGCGGAGAUUUGCUCUACCGUGUGUGUGGCCGGGUCCGGGUGCGAGUUCGACUGCUCCACGACCACCGGCUGUUCCGUCACGGCCUCGGCCACCAGCACCGUGGGCACGCCCGCGCCCGCCGUGGCCAUCACGCUGGAGCAAUGGCCUGAAGCCACCGAGGAGCCCGAUGCAGAGGUGACCAGCAUCGCUCGGUCGCUCGACUCCCGGCUCUCCUCCCUGUAUGGAGACCUCACCGUCCUAACGGGAUACGAGGAUGGAGCCGCCACGGCCACGGCCACCAGCACCAGUCGCGCGACCACGACGACCAGCGCCCCCCCGGACCUCCCAACCUCACUUUCCGACCUCCAGUUCGUGAUCUUCCUGCGCAAACCCGCCGACUCCCUGGACUCCUGGACCUGGUCCGGCUACCUCCUCCCGACGUACUACGACGAGGAGUACGUGUGCAACAACGCGUACGAGGUUGUCACGAGCACCGAUAAUAUCCCAAAUCAAACGGAUGAGGACUCCGACUACGGAUACCCGAUGUAUCUGGGUCCGUUUGCCGCGCAGGAUUUGAACUGUGGGUAUGUGUCCCAAGGCCUGACGCCGGGCGACGUGCACUGCGGCACUCAGGUACUGACGUGCCUCGAGCUUGAUGCGCUGCAUGCUCUGGGGUAUCCGGGGUAUACUUGUGGGAAUACGGAGUUUUACAUGCAGGCUUGGUGCCCGAUGGCAGACUAA